UGCCGAGCACUUUGCUCAUGGACACUUUUAUUGCUCACGAAAUAUUCCGACUGAAUGCGAUCGUCAAUAAGUCCGUGAUUUUCAAAUGAAAUAAAGUUUACAUCUCUACUUUUAAUACGAUUUUAUGUGUGGCCUAUUUAUACUUACGGUUUGUCUUCUAUGAAAACUAGGUAAUACAUUUUAUUACCGAAUUAUAAUACAAUAUUCAGUGUAAAGUUUUAUAGAGCAGUGCUUUCAGUGUAGCGUUGUGGAUGUUUGUUGUCUCUGUCGAAUGAAAGCGAAAGGAAGCGCUCAGCAUAGGGGGAGUUGUUUUGUUUUCGUGGUUUUCUUUGCGGCAAAUUUGUAGAGCGAAUUAAGAAAACAAAAUCGCUUCGAUAUCUUGUGCAUACAAGAAUAUUAUAAGUGUAAAACAAACAGUCACGCCGCCCACGUUGCUUGAUAACGCAGCAUCCCGUCCACAGAGAAAUUAAUCUGGAACACGGUAUCAGGAAACUUGUCGAUAAAGUGCUCUGCGCUGUAGCACUGGAUGAGCGCACAGCUCUAUAUCGCUGGCACUGCCUGGCAAACUGAAAUGAUCAUUGACCUUGUUUUAAUCCGGAGUAAUGUAGCACAGUUGAAAAGAUUAAAACUAACAAUUAAUAAGUACUAAGUAAACCGCUAAAUAUGGGGGUCAAUAAAGAAAUAACACGAGGAAACGACACGAAAACGAAAAUGCAAAAAUCACAUUUACGUAUCGAUACAAAAAAUUCGAGUGAAAAUCAUUCCAAGGAUAUAGAGGUAAAUGAUUCGACUGAUUUAGUUAGUAGUGUAAAAUGUAAGAGUGAAUACGGAUGCCAAAUCGAAACACGGUGUUCCUUAAUCGAGUACGGAUUGCAUAAGAACGAAGACGAAUACGGAAAAGGAUCGAUUAGACAGAGGGUACGGUUCGACGGAUAUGGUGGUGCAAGGCGAGCCGCCGAUUUGAAAUUUAAAUGUGUGCGGGAGACGGAGGAGUGUACGGAUGCCUUCGGGAGGACAAUGGGUGUGCACGUGCGAGUGGUUGCCGUGAUAGGACUCGUGUUCAUGUUACUGGCGACGAGUGCAGCCGCGCCGGCGAGAUCUCGCACAGGACGAAGUACACACAUUGAGAAAAAUGCGAAAAGUUACCUCGAAACCUUUGGUUAUUUAAGAAAAGGCCAUCCAGAAGUUGGAAACUUGCUCAUGGGGGACGUGUCUCAAUCCUACGAGGACGACUUUAGGAUUGCCAUCAAAACUUUGCAAGAAUUUGGUGGUUUACCAGUAACUGGUCUUAUAGAUCACGCCACCGUAGAACUAAUGAAGAAGAAAAGGUGUGGGAGACCUGACAGGGAGCCUGGAGAUGACGAGAAUGGAAGAAGGAGAAAGCGUUUUGCAGUACAAGGAGAAAAAUGGAAACAUACCAACUUAACUUGGAGUCUGUCUCAAGUGCGAAGACCAUCGCAGCUGGACCCGCACGGUACAAGAAGCGUGCUCGCACGCGCACUCGAUGUUUGGGAGCAAGCCUCAAGACUAACAUUCACGGAGGUCAAUUCAGAUGAUGCUGAUAUUGUAGUUUCAUUUGCAAAGCGCUACCACGACGAUGCAUAUCCAUUCGACGGACGCGGUUCGGUCCUUGCUCACGCCUUCUUCCCGGGUACAGGCCGUGGUGGUGAUGCCCACUUUGAUGACGACGAAUUAUGGUUGCUUCAGCCAAACAAUGACGAUGAGGAAGGAACGUCGUUGUUCGCUGUUGCUGCUCAUGAAUUUGGACACUCGCUUGGCCUCAGUCAUAGUUCAGUAAAGGGUGCACUCAUGUUCCCCUGGUAUCAAGGUAUACAACCAAAUUUUGUUUUACCAGAAGACGAUAGGAAUGGCAUUCAACAGAUGUAUGGUCCUAAAGUAAAGAGAACAUGGGCGAAGAUUCCUUAUUAUAGGCCGAUGGAAACUCCACCAACGACAACGACAACAACAACAACUACAACCACAACAACAACGAGACGACCCUAUAUACACCAGCAUCACCCAGAACGCCACCCUAACCAUCGUCCUUAUACUCCCUAUCCACGCGCACCUAGUAGAAAUCCGACAUAUUAUCCCGAAAGACCUAGUUAUCCAGACAGGCCGCAUUAUCCUGAAAGGAAUUAUCCAGAGCGAAAUCCUUAUUACCCAGAUCGGCGACAUUAUAAUACGACUGAAGAGCAUCCACGGCGAACUAACCAUAAUCAUUAUCCUCGUCCAACUGAAACUACGACACAUGCAACUACAUACCGCCCGCGUUAUCCCUACGGUCGUCCUGAAUAUCCAACUCAUCCUAGACCUAAUUACCCAACUGACUCUGGUCAAGAUUACCCAAAGAAAAAACCUUAUUAUCCCGUGAAACCAACCACUGUUAAGACAACCACCAUCAAAACAACCACCGUAAGACCGACAACCUCAUCAGAUAGAGACAAACCUGAUACAUGUGACACUAAUUACGAUGCUGUAUCUCUAAUACGUGGGGAGCUCUUCAUUUUUAAAAAUAGGUACCAUUGGAGGAUAGGAGCAAAUGGUCGAUACCCGGGAUACCCGAUUGAGAUAUCAAGAAUGUGGUCAGGAUUACCUCGAAAUCUUACUCACGUUGAUGCCGUAUACGAAAGACCAGAUCGUAAAAUUGCUAUCUUUGUUGGCAAACAUCUCUACUUGUUUGAUUCACAAUAUUUAAUACAAGGAUAUCCUAAAAACCUAGUUCAACUUGGUCUACCCGAGAGUGUAGAGAAGUUGGAUGCUGCCAUGGUUUGGGGUCAUAAUGGCAAAACAUAUUUCUAUAGCGGUUCAAUGUAUUGGAAGUUUGACGAAGACAUUGGAAGAGUUGAAUUAGACUACCCUCGGGAUAUGGCGAUGUGGAAAGGCGUUGGUUACAACAUUGACAGUGUGUUCCAAUGGAAAGAUGGUAAGACCUACUUCUUCAAAGGCAAAGGUUUUUGGAAAUUCAACGAUCUUCAAAUGCGAGUGGAGCACGAAAGGCAGUACCCCUCUGCACCAUUCUGGAUGUCAUGUCCGACUGAACGCGCUGGCCGCAGAGCGCCGUUCCGUGCACCCGCCGCUCCCGGCUCUACGCUCCGUUCUCCUAGUGCCGCAUCCAGACAUGCUAUUAAUAUCCUGCCAUAUGUCACUUCCCUAGCUCUAAUUUUUAUUCAUUAUAUUAAAUUCAGACUGUAAAUAGUAUAUUUAUUAUUUCUGAAUUGUGUGCCACUUUAUUAAUCUAAUUAAAAUUAGAGAUGAAAUAAAUUUACAUAAUUUAUGCAUAAUAAUAUGUCUGAUUUGACAAGUACAUAUCGAUAUUGUCUGAAAUAAGACUGUAAUAAACUGCGCAAAUGAUGCACUGCCCGUCUUAGUAAGUAAAUUAUUAAAUUUUGUAUAUAAAGUAAAGUACAUUUAACUCUUAGCGUAAUGUUAGAAAUGAGACAUUUUGUUUUUAUUUUAAUGUUGUAUGUACAUUUUGAUCUCAACAUGAUCGAGUUCUUUCGUUAAUGUAAGGUAUAAAACACCAUUUAUUUAGCUUCUGUACAGAUUGUAUUGUCAGUUAGUGUCAGUAUUUAUGUAAUAUAAAAGUGUAUUUUCAUAUAUAAAACUUGAAAUAUAUCACAAAUCUUGUAAUUAAUUCCUUAAACUACAUAGAUAAUCAAAAAAUGUUUAUUGUUGUAAUGAAAAUAUAAAAAUCCACAAGUAUGCCUUAAUAGUGAUAAUGUUUGAUUAUAGUGUAAAAUAGCAACACUUACAUACUAAUAUACAAUUGUGUAAAAAAAACAAUUAUUCCUAUGCUGGUUAGAGGUUCACAUACUCGUAAUUUGUAAAUUAUAGUAGUAAAGUAUAAUAAAUGUUAAUAUUUAAUGUAGUCAUUUUCAAAAAUUAGUAAUAUAUAAAAAAAUAUUUUGAUUCCAUAUAUAUGAAAUAUAUUGUAAUUGUCUUUUAUAAUCAUUAAUAGAAUUUGUAUUAUUACAUGGAAUAUUUAAUCAAGAACAAAUUUCAUUCUGUUGAUAAAAUAGCUCGUCUAUUUUGCCUAUUUAGCUAUAUACCAAAAGGUUAUAUUAUAAAAUACCUACUAACCAAUACAUAAAUGUUGGUAAAGUAAUUAAUACCUUUUUGAACUUGCAAAGUUACAUGAAUAUUAAGUAAUAAAUACAUAGCAUGUGUACUGAAUGAUUGCCAAUGCAUGAGUGAAACAAGUGGAGCUCUUCAGAAUGAAAAUGGUGCUUUUCAUAGUUAGUUAAUGUACAGAAUAAAUUGAAAUUAAGUAUUUUUGUAUGCUAUCGUCUAUAAGUCCUAUAAAUAUGGACAAUUAAUAUUUUAAACCUACAUAAUAAUAGUAUUCUUCCAUAAUAAUCCUAUAGUGUUAUAUCAUAUUAAUUACCUUGUGCAAUUAGCUAAGGAAAUAGGCAUAUUCUAAGCAUAAGUAUUGUUAAAAUGGAAAAAAAGCCAAUUUCUGUUUUAGAUCAUUUUUAUACAUCUCAUCUCGUCAUAUGUUAAUUAUUGACAAGGAAUGUUUUUUUUUUCAGUAAC